AGCAGUUGCAUCAGAGAGGUUCCAUGUGGCUUCAUUGUUCCUCAAAGAUCCUUCUAGUCUGCAGAAGACCGCCGUACAUAUAAGUAGGAACGUGCUGCAUUUUACGAGACAGUGCUAGCUACACAAAUUGGUGAUACAUCAUGGAAAAGUUAAUUAAAAGCGAGGUGGAAAUCGAUCAAAAGGAGGAUACUAAAACCAACGGUAUUGUAAGCGCACCAGUAUUGAAAGAGCAAUAUACAGCUGCUUAUUUGAAAAAUGGUGUGACGCGUGGAAUCACGUAUCAAAUAAAAAUGUUGACGUGGGUGGCAUGGAAGCUGAUGCGCAAGGACGAUAUGAAUGACUGGUUGUUGGCCACGGAGAUGCGCAACGCACGCGGAUUUCAUGAUUUAGUUCUGAAAUAUAAAAUUAAUAAUAAAGACGAGGCUACUCCCCAAUACAUGUACCGUUUCGUGCAAAUUAAGCUGAAAAUGUCAAAGAAAACGAAGAUAAGCAUGACCACUUUAACAUCCAUGCAAAAAAAUGAGCGUCAAUUCAGUUUGUUAUAUUUGUUCAAGGCUUAUCUGGGUAUAAUCACUGGUAAAGAAAGUAUUAAGCCUGAACAAAUAAAAGAUUUGAUCAUUUUUACGAAUAGAGGCCUUGGAGAGUCACUUAGAUUUCUGAUACCAGUAAAGGAGGACGAGAUCAUCGGCUUUGAAGGAAAAGGCAAGCAGUAUCGCAUCGAUACAAACAUGGUCCAAACUGAACCAUGCAUAAUGAUGGCCUUGCGACAAAAUUGCCGUUCGGAUGACAGGAUUAUAUUGGGCUUUUUGAAGAAAGUGGUAUUUAUGGUGGACCAACCUCCGGAACCUGAAAUGGAAGAAUUGAUCACAAAGGAGAUGAGCAAAGUCUUCCAUAGUCCGCAGAUUUUUUACAACGAUCUAUAUAAGAACAUAACCGAAUGGUUCCUGAUUUACGAGGAUGGCGGCAAGGCACCGUAUCUUACGAAACAGGACAUAAUACACUAUCUGACAAAUAUGCAUAAGGUGCUGUUGGGCACGCAGAAAGGAAAGUUGCUUUUUAUUGCCGAUUCAUCUUCAGAGUUGACGGAUAAGCUGCAACGUCUGUCUUUAUAGAAAUAUAUAAUGAUUCUAUUCACGCAAUUUUGUUCCUUUAAACUAAUAUAAGACAAUGCCUAUUUUAUUUUGUCAUUCAUUAUAUUUUAUCUUUUUGUUAUUAAAUAUGAAGAAACGUUUUGUCAA